UGUUUGGUCCAAAGAGCAUUACAAAAGCAGCAGUCUCAGCCAUUUUUCAGUCACAGUCACUUUCCUCUCCAAGCCACCUUUAUCCUUAGUGCAACACUAUACAAAAUGGCUGAUAAGAAGGUUCUGAUCGUGUACGCCCACCAGAGUACUGGGUCGUUUAACGCUGCAGCCAAAGACAUGGCUGAGACAGUUCUGACUACUCAGGGCUGUAAGGUGGAGGUGUCUGACCUCUAUGCCAUGAAGUUUAAAGCCUCUGCUACUGCUGAAGACAUCACUGGGGAGGUGAAGGAUGCUGAGCACUUUCAGUAUGGAGAGGAGACCAUGCUGGCAUGGAAGGAGGGCCGACUCUCUGCUGAUAUCACUGAGGAACACCGCAAACUCUCUGAAGCGGAGGUUGUCAUAUUCCAGUUCCCCAUGUACUGGUUCACUGUUCCUGCCAUCAUGAAGGGCUGGAUGGACCGGGUGCUCACACUAGGAUUUGCCUACACCUCAGAAAAGAGGUACAGCCAGGGCAUCUUCAAGGACAAGAAAGCCAUGCUGUCCUUCACCACUGGAUCCCACGAGUCUAUGUUCAGUGCCAAUGGUAUCAAUGGAGACAUGAAUGUCACCCUGUGGCCACUGCAGAAUGGCAUCCUGCACUACUGUGGCUUCCAGGUUCUGGCUCCUCAGAUCUUCUGGGCUCCACCCCACAUCACCUCUGAGGCUCGAGAAAGCAUGCUGGAGGCAUGGCGCACACGGCUGCAAGGGCUUCUGGGAGAAAUGCCACUUACCUUCACCCCUUCGGACAGCUUUGAUGGUGGGCGGGGCUUCCAGCUCAAAGAGGAUGUACAGCAGAAGCUCGCAGCCAAUGAGUUUGGCCUGUCUGUUGGAAUCCACCUGGGCAAGCCCCUCCGACCCAACAGCCAGAUCAAAGCUGGGGUGUGAAGGAUACUGGAGGACUGUCUCCUCUACACAUGCUGCUUAUGUGCUAAAUGCAAAAUAAAGAUGGGUUUCCUUAAA